AUGGUUGCCGCUUUAACGUAUUUGCCUACUGAGCUUAUCCAAAGGAUAUUUGAGUUCACUGUGGUGGAAACAGACUCUCAAUAUUGGUUGUACAAUUUAGUGGCUCUAAUUGAUUUUUCUGUCUCUUCGAGAGGUGGUGGCUCUAUAACGGAAGACUUCUUGACAAAUUACGUUAGGAAGAAUUUGAUGGUUUUAGAUCUGACCUGUGAGGCCACGCAAGACUCGAUUUUACGAGCGGAGUACGGGUUUCUGAAGAGAUUGUUGCCAUACAUUGACAUGGACGCACAAUAUAUCAGAGUUGUUGAUUUGGAAACCAAUGCUGACAAGGCCCAGAAUUUAAAAGCAGAAAAACUUAUUGUUAUAUUUGACGAAUUCUCAGAUUUGAAACUCAUAGAAACCUUCUUCCCCUUGGCGAAUUCCAAUUCAAACAUAAUCGAGUUCGUAUUCUGUGUUCGCAAUAUAAAGAGUUCGUUUUAUUCACCUUUGGAAAAAUUACAUAUUGCGAACAUAGUCGCAGAUAUUGAUAUUAACACAUUGUAUCUGGACUUCGUGGAUUCAAAUAUCUAUUCGGAUCAAAAUUUCUUUGGGAUUUUUGAUCCCGAUAUUUUUCAGCUGAUUAAUAAAAACUAUAGAAACUUCUUUUCUAAGACUAACGAAAAGGGGAAGAAAAGACCCCCCAUUUGCAAGAAAAUCUGUUUUCCCUUUGUUGAAACAUUGAAUUUGGAUUAUAUGGCCCUUGAUUCAUUCUUUAAUUCGAUACUGCAUAAACUAACAACAAAGAUAAAAACAUUUGAAAGGAACAAUGAGUUUGACGUGGAUAAAAAUUUAAAUUUAAACUCGACAACGACAGUAGCAGCUUUAAUUAUCAAGUCGAUCUUGCAACAAUUCUUCAACAAUUUUCAUAUCAGCUUCCCUAAUUUGGUUACCUUGAAUUUUAUUAAGAUGUCUACCUACCCAAACAAUAAUGAGAUUACCCAAUGUUGUAACUUCAUAGAUUUAUCUUCAUAUGUUCUAAACAAAUGUUUAAGUGAGAAUAUCUCGAUAAAUUUCCUCUUUCAGUUGCACUCUUUGAAAAAUUGGUCAAUGCCCAAGAUUAAAGAAUUCACUGGGCACAAAUUCAAGUAUGACGAAACAACAUUUUCAGGUUCACCAGAAAGGUACAUCAAAUCAUUGAGGGGAAACAUUAAAAUUUUGCAAGAAAUGGCAAUUAACGAAACCAACGAUGGUACUUGCUAUUUCAGAGUCAAGUUGAUACCUGAGGGGGUAGAAAAAACUCAAAUAAUCAACUGGAUCCCCUUUACUUCUUCAUUUAGCGAUGAUACCUUCAAACAAAGACACCAUUUAAAGAGGCCAAUGAUUUGCUUGAAGAACAACUCUUUAAGAUCGCUCACUGUCAAAAUCAUACGUAUUGAAAAAUGUUCAUCCAUCCGAAUCCAGGGAUUUUACCUACCAAAUCUGCAGGAACUGUUCAUCAACAAUACCCUUUGCGACACCACCCAACACCAAAAACAAGCGUCAAAUGAUAUGAGUUGUAUAGAGUUCACUUCAUGGAAUGAACUACCACAAUGCAAGAAAUUGGGAUUUGCUCAAUUAGAGGACGACUCUAACUACGUUCUUAAUAUCAGUAACCUACAAGACCAUUUACCAAAUCUGGACCUGCGGGAGAGUUUCCCAACUUUCUUCGAUAUAAGACAGAAGUUUGUCGUGGUUUGA